AUGGUUCUGCUGUUCCCGAUUUGCGGCUCCUUGGCUAAGAUGAUGAUGACAUGCACUCAGAUACUCAAGCGCCACACAGACGUGCGCGUGGGCAUCCUGACUGAGAUUCUUCAAGGCAUUCGAGUCAUAAAGCUCAAUGCCUGGGAAGAUAGUUUCAUCGAGAAGGUUGGCCAGGUACGGGAGGAUGAGAUGAACGUCACGAAGAGCCUGGCCAUCUACAAGGCUAUCAACACCUUCUUCCUGCUCUCGCUACCCGUGUUUGUAUCCAUCACCACAUUCACUGUGUACACAGCCACGGGCAAUAUCGUGCAGGCGAACGUGGUGUUCCCGGCCAUUGCUCUGUUUGCAACACUGAGAUUCCCCCUGGCGUUCUUACCGAUGAUCAUCGCUGGGGUUGCCAAGAUGAACGUAGCACGCACGCGUAUAACGAAGUUUUUAAUCGCCGAUGAAAUCGAGGACGAGUUGGCGAAUGACCGCAACAGACCGGACGGAGCCAUGGUAGGUAUCAACAAUGGGACCUUUUAUUGGGUGAGCGAGAUGGAGGAGAGCAAGGACCUGGAGGUCCAGGAGUCCGGAAAGGAGAAGAAAAGGGGCAGGGGCAAGGGCAAGCGUAAAAGGGUCAGCAAAGCCGAUGAAGGCGGCAUGGAAUCGAGGGAUCGCAUCAUGCCUGUGGCGGAUGGCAGCAAGCAGCGCAUAGAGAGCUCCGACUUUGGCAAAGUCGACAUAGACAGUGUGGAGGAUAUUCAGGACAGUAUAGUCAGCAAGUUUGAGCCCACCAACCGCACACAGCAUGGCUUUGAGCUGCGUGCGUUGAAUGUGCAGAUACAGCCGGGUGAGCUGUUUGCGGUGGUGGGGGCUGUGGGCAGUGGCAAGUCAUCGUUCCUUGCGGCGUUGAUUGGUGACAUGACGUGUGCAGAUGGCGAUGUGUACGUUAACGGGAGUGUGGCAUACGCGGCGCAGCAAGCAUGGAUACUCAACGGCACCCUCAAAGACAAUGUGGUGUUUGGGAAAGACUUCAACCAGGAGCGCUAUGAUCAGACUAUCGAGAGCUGUGCGUUGAGGCGAGACCUUGAGAUUCUCUCAGGGGGUGAUCAAGUGGAGAUUGGCGAGAGAGGCAUCAAUCUGAGUGGGGGCCAGAAACAGCGCAUCAGUGUGGCAAGGGCCGUAUACAACGAUGCGGAUAUAGUCCUGCUCGAUGAUCCGCUAAGUGCCGUGGAUGCGCACGUGGGCAAGCACAUGUUUGAGAAGGCUAUAGUCCAGCAGAUGGCCGGCAAGACACGUGUGCUGGUCACCAACCAGCUACACGUGCUGCCGCACUGUGAUCGCGUGUGUGUGUUUAAGAACAACACCAUCGCUGAGUUGGGUGUGUCAGUGGUGUGGGUAGGGUAUGAGUCUGUACUCCGCAUGGGUCGAGUGUGUGUGUAUAAGAACAACACCAUCACCGAGUUGAGUGUGUCAUGUGGUGUGGUGUGGGUAGGCUGA